GAUUCAAAAAAUCUCUUUAGAAAAGCUUUUUGUGAAGGAUUGUGGCAAUUUGAAAUAUCUGUUCUUGUCUUCUAUGGUUAAGAGUUUUGAGCAACUCAUAGUGCUCAAGAUUUGUGACUGCAAGAUGAUGGAACAGGUAAUCAGCUCAAAUGAAUUAGUGGAAGAAGAAAUGAUGUGUGAGAUUUUCUUCUCUAAACUGGACACCCUAGAACUUGAAGACCUUCCCAAACUUGCAAGAUUGUGUCAUGGAAAUUACUCUAAAUUUAAGUUCUCCAAGCUUAGACGGUUCACCAUAAGCAAGUGUGCUGUGUUGAAGACCCUUAUAGGAGACAAUACAGUUGGUACUGAAAAUGUGGAAAAUACUUGUACACCAUCUCUCUUUGGUGAAAAGGUGGAAUUCCCUAGAUUAGAGCAGGUGAUAAUCAAGUUUAUGGGAAGUUGGUCCAAGAUAUGGGACGACAAACAUGAUGUUUCUUGUUGCCAACUAAAUUCUCUUACUGUGGAUUCAUGUGAAAAGCUGUUGAAUAUUUUCCCAUUCAGUAUGCUGGAAAGAGUACGUCAGAAGCUAGAAACACUGGAGAUACAGAAUUGUGAUUCACUAGAAGAGAUAUUUGGUGCUAGCCUUCCACAAGAUCAGAUAACCACUCAGCCAACUAAUUUGGUGGAAAUUGCCGAAAGGUUUCUAUUUCCAGAGUUGACACACAUAAAUCUUUCUAAGCUACCCAAACUGAAGGGCUUCGUCCCUCAAAUUCAUAUUAAUGAAUUGCCAUCAUUGAAACAAGUAAAGGUGCACGGAUGUGAUGAAGUUCAGAUAUUUGCUUUAGAACACUCAGGUUACCAACUUGAAAUUCCGAUUCAGUGGAUAAGCAAGAGAAUUUUUUUAUACAAAAGGAGUGGGAGGAUAUGCUACAUGCUACCUGCCAGGCACCUCGUAAUUCGGUAUGGCGAUGAUCCUUUCUUUUGGAGGUGGUCCAAACCUGAUCCCAGGUUCCCUGAGGUUGCAGAGCUACUUGGUGUUCGGUGGUUUGAAAUCCAUGGAAGGACUAAUUCUCGCAUGCUUUCUCCAAAAACACGUUAUAAGGCUUACCUUGUGUUCAAGCGGGCGGACACAACUUAUGGAUUUGAAAAUACACCUAUAGAAGCUGCUGUUCUACUUGGAGGAGCUGAAGUUUCAAAACGAGUAGUGUACGUGCAGGCAGAAGGUGGAAUUGUAGGAAAUGGCGAUCAGUACCCGAAAGAGAGGGGAGAUAAUUGGUUUGAGGUAGAAUUGGGUGAAAUUGAAUUCACCAAAGAAAGAGGCGGAGAUUUGGAAAUACAUCUUCUGAAGGACAGUUACAAGGAAAAGUGCGGUGUCAUUAUUCAAGGCAUAGAGAUCAGACCAAAUUAGCAGGACAUCACAAGACUCUCUUUCACCUUCUGUAUUUUACGUGUGGGAGGAACAUUUCUCCUUGUGUUAAAUUAUGGUCAGUUCUAUCGUCGUCUAAGCGUGGUCUCUAAAUCUUUAUUUGAAGAAUGAAUGGCUAAUUUGUGGAGUUGAUUACUAAGUUUGAAGUGAUUUAGCGUGUUUAAUUGUCUGAGAAAAGAAUGCUUUAAACUGGAAUUUAU